CCCUGAGCUCAGCUAACAGCCCCUGGACUGUCUGGAUCUCAGUGUACGGAGCCAGUGUGACGUACACACACCCCUACAUUUAUCCAGCCAUCCAGGGUCCUACCCCUCAGUAUCUGAGGACCUCCCUGGGACAGCUGUCUCCUGAAGAGGACCCACCUCUGGACUCACCCCUGUGAGGUCUGUACUUUUGCAGCACAUUUCCAUUGGCAUGAUUCAAGAAUAGCAAUGGAUCCUGAAGGUUCACGCAUCCAGGAUGACCCACAUAUCAAGGUCAUGAUGGCAGGGUCGACUCUGAGAAAAGUAAAGUCACGUUCAUGGAAGAAGCAGCGACAUUUCCGCCUCCUGGAGGACGGCAUGACUAUCUGGUACAAGUCCAGAUGGGCAGGGAUGGGCCACUCCACCUUCUCAGUCACAGAGAUGGAGGCAGUGCGUGAGGGCCACCAGUCGGAGGUCCUGCUGAGCACUGCCGAGGAGUUCCCUGCUGACCUCUGCUUCACCUUGGUGUUUCACGGUCGCCAAGGCAACCUGGACCUUGUGGCUGAGACGCCAGAGGAAGCUAAGGCCUGGAUCCAGGGGGUGCGCAAGCUGAUCCACAAGGCUCAAAACAUGGAUGAGAAGGAGAGGCUGGACCAGUGGGUCUGGGACUGGUUUAAGAAAGCUGACAAAAACAAAGAUGGUAAGAUGACUUUCAAAGAGGUGCGGAAACUGCUGAAGAUGAUGAACGUGGAAAUGAAUGAGGACCAUGCUUUCCAUCUCUUCACGAUGGCAGACAAGUCGGACAGUGGCUCUUUGGAAAUCGAGCAGUUUGUCUAUUUCUACAAGAUGCUGACUCAGCGGGAUGAGGUGUGGAAGGUGUUCCAGGACUACUCUGGAGAUGGAGAGAAGUUGAUGUUGGAGGAGCUGGAGAACUUCCUGAGCAUGGAGCAGCAGGAGGGAGAGAAGAGUUCCCAGCAUGCCCAGGAGCUGAUCAACCGCUACGAACCAUCAGAAUCAGCCAAGAAGCAAGGUGCCAUGUCCUUAGAUGGCUUCCAGAUCUACCUGUGCUCCCAGGAGGGCUCCAUAUUUAAACCUGAGCUGCGGGAGCUUCACCAGGACAUGAGCCAGCCGCUCAGCCACUACUUCAUCUCCUCCUCACACAACACCUACCUCCUGGAGGACCAGCUGCGAGGACAGAGCAGCCUGGAGGCAUACAUCCAGGCCCUGAAGAGAGGCUGCCGGUGUGUGGAGGUUGACUGCUGGGAUGGCAGUGAUGGGGAACCCGUUGUGUAUCACGGUCACACUUUAACUUCCAAGAUCCUUUUUAGAGACGUCAUAUCAACGCUGAAGGAAUACGCCUUCAAGGCAUCUGACUUCCCUGUCAUUCUGUCCCUGGAGAAUCACUGCUGUGUGGAGCAGCAGACCGUCAUGGCCAAACACAUUAGAGUCAUCUGUGGGGACACGCUACUGACCACCCUGCUGAAUGGACAGGUCCCUCAACAGCUUCCUUCUCCACAGGAGCUGAAAGGUAAGAUUUUGCUGAAAGCCAAGAAAAUAAGCGGUACAGAAGGCAGUUUCGAUGAAACCCUGGCAGAUGACAUUAGCGAUGAGGAAGAGAUGACCAACCAUGAAGCUGAGAGCCUUUCUGCAGAGGAACCACCAGCUGGGACUUUGAACCACGAUGGGAAGAAAUCCAAGGCCAAACUGUCUAAGGAGCUGUCAGACUUGGUGGUUUACUGUAAGAGUGUUCACUUCCACGGCUUUGAGUACGCCCGCUCAUACGGCAAAUGCUCCGAGAUGUCCUCAUUCUCCGAGUCCAAGGCCAAGAGGCUUGCUAAAGACACAGGGACAGAUUUUGUGCAGUACCACACACGGCAGCUGAGCAGGAUUUACCCAGCAGGCCGGAGGACGGACUCCUCCAACUACAACCCGCAGGACAUGUGGAGCGUGGGCUGCCAGAUAGUGGCUCUGAACUUCCAGACAGCAGGUCUGGAGAUGGAUCUGAACGACGGGCUGUUUGCUCAGAACGCCGGCUGUGGCUACGUCCUGAAGCCUGCCUUCAUGAGGGACGGCAACACUCAGUUCAGUCCGGAGAAACCCGAGGAGCGGCCCGGCUACACACCUAUGCGCUUAUCCAUACAGGUGAUCAGCGGGCAGCAGCUACCAAAGGUGAACCAGAAAGAGGGCUCUAUAGUAGACCCCCUGGUCAGAGUGGAGAUCUAUGGAGUGCCACAGGACCAGGCCAAAGAAGAGACAAGUCACAUAAACAACAAUGGCUUUAACCCGGUGUGGAAUGAAACUCUAAAUUUUGUCAUCCACACCCCUGAGCUGGCCCUGGUUCGCUUUGAGGUGGAGGACUACGACAAGACAUCCAGGAACGACUUCAUGGGACAGUUCACUCUACCGUUUACGAGCAUACAAGCAGGAUAUCGUCAUAUACAUUUACUCUCUAAAGAUGGAACAGCCAUCCCUCCCUCCUCCCUCUUCGUCAACAUCAGCAUCUCAGAACUCACAAGAAGAAGUCAGAUCUGAGGAUAUGAAGUCGGAGGUGGAGGUCUUGGCUGGGGAAGCAAGAGAAAAACUUCAUCAAACUUUAAUCUGUUAUUGGAUAUUUGCCUGGAGGAAGUAGGAUAACGGUCGGGGAACAGAAAAGUUAUUCGUUUUAUCGGUUUUUGAUAACCUAAAAAAGCAAUCAGUGUGUCAGAAAUCAGACUUUGUGUACAGCAUAACUCCAUAAAAUAAUCUAUUAGAUUUCUUUAAUAGAGAACUUUAUUUAAAUUGUAUUUAAAUUAGUAUCAUUAUAAAAUAGUGUUGAUGCAUCUCCUUUACCUAAUUUGCCGAGCAAUUAGAGUAUUACUAAAGAUCCAAAGAUACCUUGCAGUAUUAUAGACAUGUUCUGAAUGAAUUGUGUAUAUAUUCCUGUUCUUAUGGCAAAUGUGUGCAAUUGUCUAUUUAACUUUUUAUGAAAGUAGCCUAAGAGCUUUUUAAAAUGUCGCUGUCUGCAAACAAAGGAACGUAGAGUGCUGCAUGUCUAGAAAAUCUAAAUAUACACGUCUGCCUUAACAUGUAGUGUGUAUGCAGAAGUGAGCUACUGAAAUAACUGAAAGUGUAAUAAUGGAAUGUGAAAAACUGCCAAAUACCAGUAUUAUUAACCUAAUGUUAUAAAUGACUUACAAUUUAGCAUCAUGUUGGUUAAUCUGAGAUUGACUUGAGUUAUUUCUAUUCACUAAUGUACAAUUCCCACAAGGUAAUGUUGUUAAUGAUGUUAUUGUAGAUGUAUAGGCCAGUAAAAACAUGCAAUACAUUUCCUGAAUUGUUCAACAUUCA